UCCGGACGUACCAAGUCGUAUGGGAAUAAUUGAUAAUUUGAAUAAAUUUGAUGCGAAUUUCUUCGGAUUAUCUUUCGAGGAAGCGCACACACUCGGACUAGAGACGAGAAUGUUAUUGGAACAUUCUUAUGAGGCAAUUAUCGAUGCCGGUAUCAAUCCAAAGCAGUUGCGAGGAAAAAAUACUGCUGUGAUUAUAGCAGCAUCCUUUUCUGAAACGCAAGCUAAAUUUUUGUUUGAGGAUUUUGAGAUGGGUGGUCUGAAUCUUAUUGGAUGUCACAAAUCUACAAUAGCAAACAUGAUUUCGUACCAUUUAGAUUUGAAGGGACCAUCGUAUGCAAUCGAUACAGCUUGCAGUUCUAGUUUUUAUGCCAUGGCCCUUGGUUAUCAUUACAUCAUAUCAGGCAAAUGCGAAGAUGCGAUAAUUGGGGCUGCACAAUUAUGUCUUAAUGCAACUGUAAAUCUACAGUUCGCUCGCCUUGGUAUUUUUAUUGAAACUAAUUUUAAAAAUUUUGUAAUAUAAUGAGCAUAAAAAUUAAAGAAUUACAUUUUUGUCAUUUGCAAACAAUAAACAGAACCGGCAGUGUAAAUGUAGUAAAAACAUUUGUAAUAAGAUUUUUGUCAAAAUGAAAUGUUUUCUUUCGUUGAGACAGAUAAUCUUUUAAUUUCUUUGUAUACAGGGUGAGGAAAAAGUCUGGAACCGGUGAAAUAUCUCGAAAACAAGACAUUUUAGGAAAAAAAUGUUUUAUACAUAAGUUGUAGGGCUUCAACAAAUACAUCAAACGUGGUGGUACUUAUUUGACCUUGAGCGUAAGUAUGGAGGAGCUUUCAAGGUCAACUUUAAAAUUUAAAAAAAUUAAAACUUGAUACGGGCAAAAAGAGCCAAGCGUGACGUUUAACCUCUCCAUAAGCCAUCGAACAUUGUAAGAAUAAACGUGUCACUGUCUGUUUAAACGUUCUCUGAGACACAUCUACCUCUCCGCUCAUCAUACGUUUUGUUAUCGACCGACGAGCAUUGCGAAUUGACUUUAAUUAAUGACUUCAAUUUUGUAAGUUGCGUUUGGUUUUUUAUCUUUUUGUUUGACUCUUAUAUGCAUUUUCUUGAUGGUGGAUGUUGCUCCGGAUGUCCACAGGUAUCGUUUAACGAGCCGCAAUGACAAAGGACAUUACACCAGUUCGAAUUUCCUGACGCUCUAACCAGGAAACUACACGACGAUGCUUUGGAACGUGUCGGAGUGCACAUCUGCCGAAACGAUAACGAUGACUUGAUGUUCGCGGCGUUAAGGUUUCUUAUAUAGGCUUAUAUUUAUGUAGAAUUUAUACAAUGCGCUGAGGAGGACCCCAAAAAGGGUCGAAACGUUCGUAAUUUUAACAAUGUAUCUUAUAAUAAAUUUUAGCGGUUAAACGUCACGCUUUGCUCUUAUUGCCUUUAUCAAGUUUUAAUUUUUUGAAUUAUAGAGCCUUUACAUAGCUAUUUUAAAAUUUUAAAUGAA